AUCCCAUGACCUGAGAGCUUAUAAUGCCAUGAUAAGAUCUGGUGCAAGCAGCCAAUCAUACAUUUCCUUCUUGCUGUCUCCUAGACUGCCUCUGUCAUUUUUCCACCACAGGGACUUCAACAGUAGGUUCUGCUAAGGUCCAGACAUCCUUCCAAGCUCAUUUAGACCACAGGUAGCAAUAGCAGUUUAGAAGAUUGGUCUUCUUCAUAGGAAGAAGUCACCUUGUGUCUGACAGGGAGUCACUUUGACUGUGAGCAGCACCUACUACGAAGCAUGAAGACUCUGCUGAUUCUCCUGCUGCUUUGCUGGUUCAGUUCCGCAGCAGAUGGGCUGAAAUGCUAUUCGUGCAUCACCACGGAUAACGCCGCCUGUAACAGGAACACGGCCCCCUGCGAGGCGCCUCAUGACACCUGCAUGAGCACCGUGGAGAGGACCGGAAGUCACAAGACCAUACUCAAGAAAUGCACCACCUCAGAUUUCUGCUCAACAGCAGCCUCCGCAAACUCCAUGUUUCAGAUGGUCACCAGCAAUGAGCUGCUCAAAGUCACCUGCUGCAAGACUGAUCUGUGUAACUACAGCGGAGCCACGACUGCCAGUCUGCACUCGCUGCUUCUGGCCCUGCCGCUCUGUGCCAUCUCUGCCCUCUGCUAUGUCAGCGCUUGACAUAUCCAUGCCCCUUAUUGCGAUAUACUGUGUAUUACAUGUCAGUCAACUUACUGUUCCAUCCCAUCCUCAAUUAAAAUGUGUACUUUCCUGCUGA